AUGUCAUAAAGAAAGCCUUAAGAAAAUUCUGUAAAACGUGAUGCGUUAUGCACAAUAAAUAAGGUGCUUGUCUCUGAAAAUUGCUCAAUACUUAGAUUUCUUUGUGAACGAGUGAACAUGGCUGCCACAUUCUUCUCUCAAUCUACGCUCCUUCGGCCCAACCCUUCUCUCUUUCCCCAUUCUCUAACCAACCGCCACAAGCCUCUUGUUGCAAAUAAUGGUGUGGUUUCUAUGGCCAAAAGGGCAAAUGGGGUGGUGACAAAGGCCACUUUGGAUGCCUUGGAGGCCAAUUCCAAUUCCCCCGUUUUGGCUAAGAAGUCCAACAACAACCCCAUUGUUGUUAUUGACAACUAUGACAGCUUCACCUAUAAUCUCUGCCAGUAUAUGGGGGAGUUGGGAUUUCACUUUGAGGUCUACCGCAAUGAUGAGUUGACAGUGGAGGAGUUAAGAAGGAAAAAUCCUAGAGGAGUGCUGAUAUCACCUGGGCCAGGAGAACCUCAAGAUUCAGGCAUAUCUUUGCAAACAGUUUUGGAACUUGGACCAACAGUACCGUUGUUUGGUGUGUGCAUGGGUUUGCAGUGCAUGGGAGAGGCUUUUGGAGGGAAGAUUGUCCGCUCUCCUUACGGUGUCAUGCAUGGGAAAAGCUCUAUGGUUUACUAUGAUGAGAAAGGAGAAGAUGGAGUCCUUGCUGGGUUAUCCAAUCCUUUCUUGGCUGGUAGAUAUCACAGCCUUGUGAUUGAGAAAGAGAGCUUUCCUGAUGAAGAGCUUGAGGUAACUGCUUGGACAGAGGAUGGUCUUAUCAUGGCUGCUCGUCAUAAGAAAUAUAAGCAUCUACAGGGGGUUCAGUUUCAUCCAGAGAGCAUUAUAACCACUGAAGGCAAGAAAAUUGUCCAUAAUUUUGUGAAGCUGAUAGAGAAAAAGGAGGCUGGUGGUUCUUGAAACAAUAUUUCAAUGCUUUGUGCAUAGUUAAAAUUGUAGCUUCACAAACACAUACAUGAAGUUCUCAGCAAACUAAAGAAUAAAGAAAAAGAACAACAGUUUAUUUUAGAAUAUCAGUUAAUCUAUAAAGAAGAAUUUGUUUUAGUUU